AUGAAAAAAAUCCCCUUCUUUAAACACGAAGAUCAAUUUCUAUUUUACAUCAAAUUAGGAUAAAACUAGACAGAAUUAAUUUGUUAAGAGUGUGCUUAGGAGCCUAAAUAUGGUCGCUUAGAUACGAGUCAAUAAAAUUUAAUUCAUUUAGGAAUGAAUUGCUAAAUAUCAAUAAUAAGAUCAUUAAUUUAGAUUAAUUUAAAUAAUUAAUAGGAAACAUUGAAUAAAUUGGAGAUUCAAUCAAUAAUUAAAAAAUUGAGUAGAAUGAAAGGGGUCUCCAUUAAUACAUAUUAGAUCUUAAUAAAAAUAAUUGUAAAGAAUUGAAUAUAGUUUUGCUUAAUAUAUUAAAUGGAAUAAAACGAGAGACGAAGAAUUUAAAUGAGGAAUAAUGUAUAUAAUCUUUAAAGUUCAAUGAAUAAUUUAAAACGAUAGAUCAUUGCAAAUCAGAACUUAUGGAUCUUUCUUAACUUCUAUAUUUUGAAGAGCAAAUAUUGUCUGACUAUUAUAAGUUAAAAAUAAUUAACAAAAUUGAAUCAACAUAGAAUAAAAGAAUAUGUUGUCUUAAACCAAUAUUUUUAAGUAAUAGGGAUGGAUUGAGUGGGUUUAACUUUAGGAGCAAAGUAAAAGGCAAAUCAAAUUUGUUAAUGAUAUUUAAUCUAAAAGUAGAUAUAUUAUUGGCGGGUAUACACCUUGUAAAUGAAAUUAUAAUUUAAAUUCUUAUGUUUAAGACGACACACUGUCAUCUUUCUUGUUUUCUUAUACUCAUGAUGAAAUAUAUCCUGUAAAGAGAGACCAAUAAGCAUAUGCCAUUCACUGCAACUAAUCAUAUGGACCUAUAUUUGGUGCUGGCCAUGAUUUGUACAUCGGAUCAGAUUUUUAAAGUGGAUCAUCAACCUUUGGACAUUCUUAUUGGUGUGAAGAUUAACAUGUUGCUAAAAAUACACAUUUAUUUGGGUAAUCAACUCCAAACAUAGAAGAAUGUGAGAUAUUUGAAGUGUUAUUUAUAUGAAUGUAUAAAAAAAUAUAAUAUAUAGCAAACCUAGUAUUAUAACUUAUUGUGUUUGGUUUAAUAAAACUUUGUAAUAAUGUUUGUUUCUCUUAUUUAUUAUGCAAUUUUAAAUUAAAAUAGAACUCUCUAAGUAUAUUCAUGA